AUGUCCGACGCAAAGAAGCCCGAAGCCAAGAAAAGGCCGACGCCGGUCACGGCCUCCGUCCCGCUGCCGGCCCUCUACCGGCUCUUUUUUCUCACGAUCGAGCCCAUUGCGGCCCUCGCCGGCGCCUUUUAUGCGCACUUUCGCCAACACGAUUACCUGGCCAUGACGCACGCGGCGUCGACCGCGACUGAUGCCGCCGGCAACGUCCCCAUUGUGACGUCUGUCGUGCUCUCGCAGCUGGCCAACCUGUACCUGCUUUUCACGCUCAACGAGGCCCUCGUCCUGCGCACCACCGCCGACCGCCGCGUGUGGCGCACGUUGCUGUUUGGCCUGCUGGUGGCCGACCUGGGCCACCUGUACUCGCUGCGGCCGCUCGGAGGUGACAUCUACUGGCGCGCAGACCAGUGGAACGCUAUGGGCUGGGGCAACGUGCCGUUUGUGUACGUCGGCGCGUCGAUGCGGCUCGCGUUUCUGCUGGGUGUUGGCCUGAAUGGGCCGCAGCUGGUGACCAAAGGCAAGCGGAUAUGA